AGAGGAAUAGAGAAGAGAGAACGAAAAGGAACCCAAGAAAUUGGGGGAGCAAGGGAGCAGAAAGCCAAUUCAUGGAGUUUCUCUCAUUGCGUCUUCCUGUCUUCUUCCUCCUCUCAGUUCUAAUUGCUAAAGCCCCAUUCGGAGAUGCAUGGGGCAAGGAGGGGCAUAUCAUGGCCUGCAAAAUAGCAGAGCCCUACUUGACGGAGAAGACGUUGAAGGCGGUUGUGGAUCUCUUGCCGGAGACGGCCGGCGGUGAACUUUCGACGAUUUGCCCGUGGGCUGACACGGUUCGUUUCCGGUAUCGAUGGUCUAGUCCCCUUCACUAUAUCAACACUCCAGGAGUCUGCAACUACAAGUAUUCAAGGGAUUGCCAUAAUUCCCAUGGAGAAGCAGGAAUGUGUGUGGCUGGAGCUAUCAAUAAUUACACAAACCAGCUCUACGGUUAUGGAAAUCCAUCAAAUCAAUAUAAUUUAACUGAAAGCCUAAUGUUCCUCGCGCAUUUCGUUGGGGACAUCCACCAACCUCUUCAUGUGGGAUUUCAAGAUGAUGAAGGUGGAAACACCAUUAUAGUCCACUGGUACAGAAGGAAGACGAACCUCCAUCAUGUAUGGGAUUCCAGCAUAAUAGAAACAGCAAUGCGCGACUAUUAUGACAAUGAUCUUGAUACCAUGGUUGAGGGCAUUAAAUUAAACAUAACAGGUGGAUGGGCAGAAGACGUUGAUAAUUGGCAGAACUGCCAGAAUAAAAGAGCUACUUGCGCAAAUGACUAUGCAGAAGAAAGUAUAAAGCUGGCUUGUGAUUACGCUUAUAAGGAUGCUGAACAAAAUUCAACAUUAGAAGAUGACUAUUUCUUCACCCGACUUCCAACAGUUAAAAAGAGAAUAGCACAAGCAGGUUUGAGGCUUGCUUUGAUACUUAACCGAAUAUUUGACAGUGAGAACAGCCAACAAAUCCAGAGUUACUAAGAUGAAUGGGUUGUUGAUAAUCUCAAUAAGGCCAAUGCUAAAAGGACAUUAUUCUCAUUCAUUUAAAGGCAAUUAGUACUCAUUUUUAAUUAUAUUAUUAGUGUUGUAGAAAUUAAUGUUUUAUUUGUUUAGAAGUGAUUAAACUUGUUGUUAGCUUGGUGUAGUUCAUGCUCAUUGUACUAAAUGAUAAUUGAUUUGAAGGAUUGAUAUAUAUAUCAAUGCAAAAAAUUUGCAAGCUUACUAUGAUUA